CUUUAUAGCGCACCUCCCUGGCCGGCCUUCUAGUCGUCAGCUGUUCACGUUCCAGGCAUCAUGGCACUCUCCAACCCCUGUCGGCUGGCCCUUGGCAAAAGUAAUAGGCUAUGGACUCCACAAGUGUACUCCAGGGCAAGCUCAUGGUGGUCUGGGGUGGAGAUGGGGCCCCCGGACGCCAUCCUGGGUGUGACUGAGGCCUUCAAGCGGGACACUAACCCAAAAAAGAUAAAUCUUGGAGUGGGUGCCUAUCGAGAUGAUAAUGGCAAGCCAUUUGUUUUGCCUUCGGUCAGGAAGGCUGAAGAACUUAUUGUGAGUCAAAAGUUGGACAAAGAAUACUUGCCCAUAUCAGGCAAUGCUGAAUUUUGCAACGAAGCAAUCAAGUUGGCACUUGGUGACAACAAUCCAGUACUUGCUGAUGGACUGAAUGUGACAGUUCAGGGAAUUUCUGGAACUGGUGCCCUCAGGAUUGGGUCUGCCUUUCUGUCAAAGUUCUUCCCAGGUCCAAAGAAUGUGUGGUUACCAAGCCCAACAUGGGGCAACCACGUACCCAUCUUCAAGCACGUUAACAUGGACGUUCAGCAUUACAGAUAUUAUGAUCCCAAGACCUACGGUUUUGAUUUUGCAGGAGCACUGGAAGAUAUAUCGAAAAUACCAGAGGGAAGCUUGAUCAUGCUUCAUGCCUGUGCCCACAACCCAACUGGUGUGGACCCCAAGCCUGAACAGUGGGAUGAAAUGAGCAAGGUCAUUAAAGAUAAGAAACUCCUACCCUUCUUUGAUAUGGCUUAUCAGGGCUUUGCAUCUGGAGAUAUUGCUAAAGAUGCCUAUGCUGUUAGGAAGUUCUUGGAAGAUGGCCACAGAAUCUGCUUGUCACAGUCUUUCUCCAAAAACAUGGGAUUAUAUGGUGAGAGAGCUGGGGCAUUCUCAAUCAUAUGCCAGGACAAGGAUGAGGCUGCACGUGUCAUGUCUCAGGUUAAGAUUCUCAUCAGACCCUUGUACUCCAAUCCCCCACUUCACGGUUCACGCAUUGUCGCAACAAUCCUCACUAAUCCUGAGCUCCGGUAAGCCUGCGAUGAUAGACA